GUAGUAAUAUUUUCCACAACAAUAAACCAGCCCUAGUUCCUGAGCGGGACGUGACGUAACUGGUCGGGGCUUUCCUCCAUGACGUCAGCCAGCGGCGGGGCGGGGCCGAGAUUAGUCCGAGUUUCAGCGCCGAUCUCCGGGGAAGCAGAACAAGCAGAGGCCGCUGUCACCUGCCAGAACCGGAGCUACCCACCACCACCACCACCUCCUGCUGCUGCUGCUGCCCGAGAGCAGAGAGGCCGGAGCGGCCACAGGACGGAGGUUCAGACCCGGUUCAGAGCCGCAGCUUCGGAGAGACAGAGCGAGGCAGCGCGGGGAGGACGCCCGGGAGAGGAGGCGAAGAAGCGGCCGUGGCGUCGCUGCUCAGCCGCAGAAACCCGGUCCUGAGUGAGAACACACUGCUCCGAGAGGCCGACGUGCAACACCAGCGAGAGGCGGACGAGCAGAGGAGCGGCUCUGCAUCCAGCUGGAGAGAAUUAAACCCAAGCUGAGGGACUGUUACUCAACAAGCUCUGUGGAAUCUUCUCCUUCACCCACUUCUGUUUUCAAGAGGAGUCACUGAAACGGACGAGGAUCUUUUUGUACGACAGUGAGAAUCUUGAAUGUUUGACCCCGACAUCUGCCUGAGGGAUGAACCACCUCGGACUCUUUCUUCUUCGUGAACCUUUCUGCUGCCGGAUUUGAAAUCGAAUUUUUUCACUUUCAACUUGGGUAAUCUCUCUUGUGUUCUGUUUUUGUCUCUUAUCUCACUCUGUGUUUUUCUGAUAACAGUUUUGGUUUUGGUAAGAGGAAGAGAAGGACGUGACACGGGGAGCUUUCUCUGCCAGGAGCCUGAACAUCAUUUGAAUUCCAGUUUGGCUUUUACAAGACACUCCUUUGUGUGUGUUUGCCUGAGUGUGUGUUUGUUGUCGCUCACUGUCCCUCUGAGAUACAUUAACGUGUAUCAAGGGACAAUAACAGCCCUGUGUGUCUCUUCUGGGAAAAUGGGAUCAGAAAAAGACUCAGAGUCGCCGCACUCCUCGGUGAGCGGUGUCCCCAACCCUAAGUGCCGUGCGGCGGGCAAACGCCAGGGCCGCAUCUCCUUCCACAGCCUUUUCCACAGCAAACGCGGCUCUCGGGGCACCAGGGGCCCCAAAGGAGCAGCGGCCACCCCUUUAUCCCUUCAUCACCAACACCUCCACACUCAACAACAGCUCCUGCCUUCUGCCUUGAGCUCCGCGCCCGUCGCAGCCCCUGCUACGCCCACAACUACCACCACCACAGCCACUGCGAGCCCCCAGGACGCUGCCUCCGGCACCCCGUCCAAGCCACUGUCCUCCAGCCAGCAGUCCCUGGGUGGAGCCCCUUCCUCUGGGGAGGCCAACCUUCUCGAGUGCCCCCUGUGCCUGGUGUGCCAGCCCGCCGAGCAGCUCCCUGAGCUGCUAGGGUGCAGCCACCGCUCCUGCCUCUGCUGCCUGCGCCAGUACCUCCGCAUCGAGAUCACAGAGAGCCGAGUCCAGCUCAGCUGCCCCGAGUGCGCCGAGAGACUUUCCCCGCGGCAGGUGGCGGACAUCUUGGAUGACGCAGCCCUGCUGGAGAAGUAUGAGGAGUUCCUCCUGCGGAGGUGCCUCGCCUCCGACCCGGACUGCCGGUGGUGCCCGGCGCCCGACUGUGGCUUCGCCGUCAUCGCCUCGGGCUGUGCCAGCUGUCCCAGGUUGGUCUGUCGCAGAGAAGGCUGCGGCGCCGAGUUCUGCUACCACUGCAAACAGGCCUGGCACCCCAACCAGACCUGUGACUCUGCCCGGCAACAGAGGGCGCAGUCCCUGCACACCCACAGCAACCACUCCCCCAGCUACACCCAGGAGCAGGGACCUGCUGAUGACAUCAAGCCCUGUCCUCGAUGUGGCGCCUACAUCAUCAAGAUGAACGAUGGCAGCUGCAAUCACAUGACCUGCGCCGUCUGCGGCUGCGAGUUCUGCUGGCUCUGCAUGAAGGAGAUCUCCGACCUGCACUACCUCAGUCCAUCCGGCUGCACAUUCUGGGGGAAGAAGCCUUGGGGCAGGAAGAAGAAGAUUCUGUGGCAGCUGGGAACUCUGAUCGGAGCUCCGGUGGGAAUCACCCUCAUCGCGGGCAUCGCCGUUCCUGCCAUGGUCAUCGGCAUCCCGGUCUACGUCGGCCGCAAGAUCCACGCCCACUACGAGCUGAAGAAGUCGUCCCGUCACCGGAGGAACUUGGCCAUCACAGGAGGCGUGGCCCUGUCCAUCAUCACCGCCCCUGUCAUCGCAGCUGUCAGCGUUGGCAUCGGUGUUCCCAUCAUGUUGGCCUACGUGUACGGCGUGGUGCCCAUUUCCCUGUGUCGAGGAGGCGGCUGUGGCGUGAGCAGAGGGAAGGGCCGAGGCAUGCGAAUCGACUUUGAUGAGGACGACGGACCAAUCACAGUGGCGGAUGCGUGGCGUGCGCUCAAGUCUCCGAGCCUGGGCGAGAGCAGUCUGGACGGGGCAGUCAGCGGCCUGAGCACCACCUCCCCCAGUGAGGGCCUCUCUGUGGCCCCCGGGACUCUGGGGGACACACCCCACUUCAACACCUUGGCGGGGGGGGCCCUGGGGACCCGCAAUGGCAAAUACAGCAGGCUGGAGGUCCAAGCAGCCGAGUUGGCUAAAGAAUCCGCCCAGAGGGAGACGGGCAGCCUGGGGGCCGGGAGCGACUGUGCCAGCACCAGAGGGAUGGCCGGAUCCAUCAUCUCGUCCUACACGCUACCUGACAGGGAGUGCACCAACCUGGAGAUCCAGGUGGACAUCGAGACCAAACCCAGCCAUCUCUGCCUGACCAGCGAAGAGGACCUAACCCCUCCUCCGGGCUCCGCCGCCAUGGCGACCGCAUCCGGCGGGGAGGAGCCUCAGGACUGCAGCUCCAGAAGGGGCGGGGCUUUAUCCGGCUCUGCGCUGGGACUGUCGUCAGUGGUGUCAAUCAGGGAGGGGCUCCGAGACGUGACCCUGGCUCAGCCGGAGAGCAUCCGCAGCGACCUGGAGAUGUCGGACACACAGUCAGACGACAUCGCGGAGCUGACGUCGGAUGACUGUGACUCGCCUCACCCCAAAAGCUGUCACCAGGCGGCGGGCCAGCAGCCCCAGCCCCCCUCCUGCCGAGCCCUGAACCCCUCCACCGAAGGCCUUCACUGUCCCCUGGACGUCAACGUCAUCCUCUACGUCUGAGAGAAAACUCGCUCUCAGGAUUGCACAAAAACCGAAUCCCCGACAUUUACAUUUAAACUCUCCCUUUCUUCAUCGCUGUCUUUCUGUCGCCAUUUCUCAUUUGCUGCUUUUGCGACUCACGGUCACCGUCUUAAACACAGACAGAGUCCACUUGCUUUCGUCCGUCUGUCUUAUCUAUCUACCUGUCAAUCUCCUCACUGAGUAAAUUGUCAGGGUUCUACCUCUGAGAUUUAUAAGAUGAUGAUUUAUGUUUACUCCUUGGUGCAAAAUGCCUUGGCUACUUAAGCAAAAAAACAAGAGAAAAAAACAAGAGGUACAAAUUUUCCACAUGAAAUAGUACAACAAAAAAAAAAAAGAAAUUGUGAAACGAGGUGAAAUGUCACCAAAGCACAGCGGAGGGAGCCGGACUGUUGUUAGGAUGUGAGCUGAAGACGAGGGGAUGUUUAUAACAAUGUGUGAGUGAAUGUCGACUUAUUACUCAACUAUUGUGGCUUUAUUUUCCCAUUUUCUUCUAUUUAUAUUCCGAUGACCCUUGAAAUUGAAUCAUCUGCCGUGUGCAUGAGUCUGCAUGAGCCGUGUCUUGUGUGAAAGAGUUUAAAAAGGGCAGCGAGUUUCUGUUGCACUGGCGAAAGUUAAAGUUUACUUAAAGAGAGAAGCUGCACUCGAAUCUCACGUUAUUCUGCACAGAGGAGGGAGAGGAGGAGUAGUUUGGGUUUCCGACGUGUGGACAGACUCUGACCCACUUGAAUGUUGUGUGCGUGUGCGUGUGCGUGUGCGUGUGCGUGUGUGUGAAUGAAUGGACUCCUGAUGAAUGUACCUGUUUGUCCCACUUUGUUUUUGAAUGAGCACUCGUGCACUUUAUCUGAAUUUAUCUUAUUUAUCUUUUUUGCUCUUCGUCAUCUGUUGCUAUGAGUUUGUUUACUUCAGUUGCAUAAAAAAAACGUUUGUGGUACAACUAAAAUAAAUCAGCUACCAAAAGGCCUUUCAUGUCGGAUGUAACUCAAGAAGAGUUUGGCUCAAAAACAUUUUAUAACCACGUUGAAAACUUAACGCUUUGUCAAAUGUAUCAUUCAUUAUUUUUAACCUUGAGGACAUCCCAUGUUUUAUCCCAUUUAUAAUCCAAGGACUAUAAUAAUCUUUAGCUUUUCCUUUAUGAUGUUAUGUUGUCUUAAUCUUCUUUUAUCGGUCGAUGAUUGUUUGUUUUGGAGCCAAACACUUUGAUUGUCGAUGCCAAUAAGCUUUUUCUUAGUCAUCCUCACUAGCCUGACUUGCUUCUUAGCUUCGUAUCACCUCUGUGCUUCUGUGUAAAAAGGUUCUGCAGGUUCUCCUUCAACCCACGAGGACUCCACCUGGAAACCUUUCGUUCAUCUCAGAGUAGCUUUAUGGAUUUAGCUGCUUAUGUAACUCAGCAGUGCUUCUUUCGGUCCGCACUUAUCACUUGUUUCCUGGCUGCCUGUGAGUAAACACAAAGAAAAUGUACUACGAACGGAAAACCGAAAACUUCCUGAAAGAGUCUGAAUGAGCGUUACUGGUUCCUGUCUUCAUUUGAAAAGGUUUUAGAGUAUAUAGAUAGCAAUACUGUAUUUAAGUGUGGUUAUUCUGUUUGUGUAUUUCCUGUCACUGUCGAAGCUCCGCCUCGUGCGGGGUUGUACAAGCAGGACUGUGAAAGACAACUUGUGGACCUUCGAGGGGGAAAAAAUAAACACAAUCUGACGUUGCACCAAA